AUGUUGAAUAUACUCAAAGGUUUUGGCGCUCAAGCGGCAUCAACCUGCAUCAACCCCUAUGCUGUGGAGGUAAUCCGGGUCAAGAGGAGGUAUCUAGUUUACGGAAUCUCGCACACCGAGGAUCUACUGGAUCUUCUGGUCGCGGAGGGGGUCAUGACGGCAGAGAAGCGAUCCGUCGUCUUGACCAUCACGACUCGCAUGGAUCAAAACUCCAGGGUCCUGGACCACCUGGAGGCCAGAGGUGAAAGGGCGUGUCGGAUAUUCUUCCAUCCGUGUCUCAUGUUGGCAGAACCCAACCUCUACCAGCGAAUCAAGACCUAUGCUGGUGGUGUGAAUGAACGUGUCCGAGAUGCCAGGAGACAGCUGAUUGGAUAUUUGCUGGAAAGAGACUGGAAAGAGACUGGGCUGGAUGGAACUGAGAAGACUCGUUCUUUAUCCGCCACCAAAGGAACAAAGACAUCUAGAAGCCCUGAAAAGGAAGACACGAGCGUGCCACUUCUAAAAUCAGAGGAGCCCAAACCGGCACAAAGUAAACCAGAACAUCUCAUCCACAUGAUCGCUUCAGAAGGGGAUGUAGUGCUGCUGGAGGAGCUGUUGAAAGACGCUGAUAUUAACUCCGUCAAUUCCUCCAACGAGACUCUUUUACAUGUAGCUGCUGAGCGCGGUCACCUGUCCGCCAUUGAGCUCCUGAUCCGCAAAGGAGCCCGACUGGACCUGCAGGAUAAGAAGGGUCACACGGCUCUUCACAGGGCAGCUGGAAGGGGUCACGCCGAGGCAGUUGGGGCCCUCGUUCAGGCCGGGGCCCCCAUCUACGCUCUGGAUCUGCAAGGCAAAACCCCCGUUCACCUGGCAGCGGACAACGAGCGCCUGAGUUGUCUGGAAGUCUUGGUGAAGGUGGAGGCCAAGCAGUCGGAGAGCCACGACACUCAGGACAUGUUUCUCCACACGGCCACUGUGGGGGAUGACUGGAGGCCGGCCCAGUUGCUGCUGCGGAGCGGCGCCGCCAUCAACGCCAGAAGCAACCGGGAACUAACAGCUCUGUUUGACGCCGUUUCCAGGAACGACGAGAAAACGGUGACUGUCCUUCUAAACGCGGGGGCUAAAGUGGAAUACGAUGUUAUACAUGAGGCCGUCAAGCUCCACAAUGAAUCAAUUUUACAUCUGCUGCUCGAUAAUCCCAGAGGAGCUCUGAGUGCAGAGGCUCUGGGUUCUGCUCUCUUCUCAGCUGUUAAACAGAACCAUGAUGGAGUGGUAACCGCUCUCAUAGACAGAGGAGUGAAUGUGAACACUUUAGACCAACAGGGCUACACUCCUCUCCUGUUGUCAGCUGAGCUGGGUCACACUGACGUCUACAGAGCGCUGGUAGCAAAACAGGCCAAACUGGAUGUUACUUUAUCCGACCUCUCCUCAGCGUUGCACCUGGCCGUCCGCAGUGGCAGUGUGCCCAUAGUGCAGACACUGCUGGAAAAAGGAUUGGACCCCAACAUUACCGGACCUAAAGCCCAAACCCCUCUACACCUGGCAGCUCAGUGCAAUAGGCCAGAACUAGUUGGUCUGUUGUAAAGAGCUGGAGCACAGGUAGAUCCAGUAGCCCAGGAUGGGCUGACCCCUCUGCACAUAGCCAGUCAGCAGGGCCAUGCAGGCCCAGUGAUCCGGCCUCUUCAGGGCGAGGCAGACCCCGGAGUCAGAGACAGGCUAGGGCGGACAGCCUUGCACUGGGCGGCCUCUUCCCAGUCAGGAGGCUGUGUGGUAGACUUGCUGCUGUCAGCCAAAGCCAACCCAAACACCACUGACAACGAGAAAAAAGCUGCCCUCCACCUGGCUGCCGCAGAGGGGAAAGUAGAUGCCGUGAGCUCACUGUUGUCCCACAGGGCAAAGGGAGGGGCUAAAGACAUGGACGGCUCCACAGCUCUCCAUUACGCAGCAGCUGCUGGGCACGCCAGCGUGGUUUCAGCUCUUCUACACUUCAACAACAAGGAGAUGGAGGAGAGGAACGCAUGGAGGAGAACGCCGCUUCACACUGCAGCUGAGAGGGGCCACGACAGUGUGACGGUGCUGCUCCUGGAGGCCGGGGCAAAGAUCAACAGCACGGAUCACAGUAAAGACACUCCUCUGCACUGUGCUGCACGAGGCGGACACCUGGAGGUGGUGAGGGCGCUUGUAAACUGGGGACAAACUGGGAACAUGGGGCGGCAGAGGAGGAAGAAGGUGAAUCUGCAGGUGACCAAUAAUGUGGGGAAGACACCUCUGCAGGUGGCAGAAAGUGGAGACACACCAGAACAUGAGAGCGUCGCUACUUUCCUCAUGAGAAAGAUGUUUCUUAUCAAAUAA